AGAACACGAUUUAGCUUACAAACGUAGUAAUUCUAUAACGGAACGUAUUAAAGCAGAUUUUGUGUUUGAAAAUCGAACUUGGGAAAGAUUUAAAGCCAAAGACUCCAGCUUUAGGGAAAAAGCAUCGGCAUGGGCUGUUACGACGGGCAUGAAGGCGAUACGUAAAUUAUGGGCGGGGUGCGGGUUCAAUGUCGUCGGUAAUGCCACGAAAACUAUAUUGAAGAAAAACAUUGGUGAAAAAAACAUUCCAAUAUUAAUAAGAAAAUGUCUGACUGCUGCGAGAAGGAUGUUCAAGAAAAAUAGAAAUAAAAAUUAAACUCCCCGAGUAAUACCUAUGCCCAAAACUGGUGGUAUGCUGUCACUUAUACCAAUUUUCGCCGGACUGUCCGCGUUGAGUUCUUUGACGGCUGUUGCUGCCGUCGUAGCCAAGACGGUAAUUGAAUUUAACCGUACAUCGCCAACACAUUUGGGGAAAGGAUUAUACCUCGCACCGCAUAAAAGCGGAUCUUAUAAAAUUACGAGCGGAAACUGA